AUGCUGCUCAUUACUGCACUUCCACUUUCGCUAAGACAGAUUGCUGCGACAAACAUACCCGCCGUAUCGAGCAUAUUAUGGGAGGAGUUCCUAGACGACAACCGACCGCAAUGGUUCGAAGAGCUGCCAUACGACAUACAAUCCUACUUCAUACAAGAGUUCGGACCAGCGACGGCAGCACCACCUGCAAGCGAAGCAUUGCCAACCGUCGUCACCGCAUCACCAACGGCAUCACCCUCAGAGACUGCUUCAAAUCUUAGUGCCAUCCUCUGCGAUAUCAGCAUCCGAAAGUUUGAGCACGAUUCCUACGCCUACGGCAUCUUCGAGCAGUGCCUCGAGCGAAACCUCCAGUUUGGUAUCCUCCUCUGGGACUUCUUCCGAAUCUUCGACCACACUGGCGACCUCAUCACUAUCAUCAUCGUCAUCUUCAGAAUCCACCAUCUCAACAUCUGCAUCCUCAUCCUCAUCCUCGUCCUCUCCCGCAAGUUCAUCUCCAACUUUGAACCCAACGACAGAUCCUGUGGCACCAGCUUCCAGCGACGCUGGCCUGACAAGACGCGAAAAGAUCGGACUUGGUGUGGGACCGAGGACUGGGCGACGAGCCGUUUCGUUGAGGACAUGAACUGGGAGGAUGAUGGCUAUGAUCCGGCUCCUAUGUCUACAGCCUACCAUGGCCAUCAGAUCCCACCGGCUGCGGCACCUACACCGUCUCAGGCAAACAACAUUGCGACUGCAGGCAUUCCCCAUCCCAACGAUGGUAAUUCAAUGCCAUCGGAGUCAACACCAAUGGCGAUGCAAGAUAAUCACACACCUAUCCUGGCGCCCGCACUCAACCACAGCCACUCGUCCAAUCGUGCGCGCGGCCGACGAACAAGCUAUAAGAGCCUGCACUCUGUGGCCGAAGUGACCGAACCCGACGAGGAAUUGAACGGAGACUCUCCGGUGCUAGGUCGCAACAACUCACCACCAAAGACAGGCCCACGGAGACCCAGUAUGUCCGCUCUAGACACGCUUCCCGUUCCCGCCGUGGCGAGCAUAAAACGCAAGCCCGUUCCCACCAGUCCUAUCAGUAGUCCAGCAGCCGAAGCGUCACGAGGUCUCCUCCGCCCUUCUCUCGCAUACAACAGCGCCGACCACAGCGGAAGCAGUUCCUCUGGCCUUGCCGUCUCCAGCUUAUCCAGUAACUCCGGCCAUGGAUAUCAAUCCGACGAUUCCGGACCCAUCUCUCCCAUUACCCACCAGCAACCGUCCUCAAAUCCUUUUGCAGGCGGAUACGCAUACCUUGAAGACUACGGCCCUGAGUACUCAAACAACGGGUAUACCGACCAGGACGAUGAGCUUUAUGGUGGACACAGAAGCUUCGAUCGAUACCCAGAUCCCAGUUCGUCUCUCAAGAAGAGCAGCAAGACUGAGUGGCCUUUGAGGAACGUCAUGGGUGGUGGGCAGAAGAGGACGAGAAGUCCCAUGUGGGAUCGCGUUUACGAACGCGUAUGA